CAUUUUUCUACGACAAAAAAUAAAAAAAGAAAAGGAGAAGAGGGGAAAGAUCCUACGAAGAUGAGAAUGACCCACGGCUCAAUGCUAAAAUGAGCUGCGCUCCCUCUUCACCCCCUUCGAUCUUCCUUCAUCGCUGAUUUGGAUCCCAAUUUCUUCAAUUUCAGAGAACGGAAAAUGGCAGUCGUCCACGGAGCUGGGUUGGUGCUCUUUCUCCUUCUGGGGGGGCUAACGUGCGCCUACACCGUUAGGGUUCCGUUGGUCUGCCCGGUAAACUCCGUCAAAGACUUUAUCUUUGCUUCGCAGGACGAUAUGUGCUCCUUGGGCGAGGCGGAGUUUGCGUACACCACUGGUGUAACUGAGGGGAAUGAAAUCACAUUGCAAAAGGCACUGAACAUCAUUCACAAAAAUGAACAUGCUUAUGUUGCUCUUCUCUUCUAUUCAUCUUGGUGUCCUUUCUCUGGACCAUUUAGACCAAGCUUCUCCAUGUUAUCUUCCAUUUUCCCUUAUGUUCCUCAUUUUGCAAUUGAAGAAUCAGCUGUAAGGCCAAGCAUUCUAUCAAAGUAUGGAGUUCAUGGAUUUCCUACUUUGAUUCUUCUAAACUCCACCAUGCGCAUGCGCUAUCAGGGGUCUCGCACUCUAGAUUCUCUCAUCUCUUUCUAUGGUGAAUUUACUGGCAUAAAACCACUGGCUCAUGGAGGGUCUUUUGACAAGACUGGAUGUUCCGGAUAUGACGAAAACCAUGAAAGUUACCAGGAAAGCUGUCCAUUUCCUUGGGCUAGAUCUCCAUUGGCUCUUGCAACUAUUUUUGUGAUUUUGAGAUUGCUGCACUUUGCUUUCCCAACAAUAAGAAGAUGCACUCGGUUAGCUUGGAGGAGGUACACUAUAAAUGUGAGUCUAAGUAGUUUGUGGGAGCAUCCUGUGGUCUACCUUAAACAAGUCAUACAAUUAUUCAAUUCUCUCAAGGAGCCAUGCAAGCGAAGCAAUUUGCAGGAAGGAGCAAAAAAUGCCAAGGCAUGGGCAUCUAAGUCCCUCGCGACUGUUUCUUUUGGAGAUGCUAGCUCAAGCCGCGACGCCUCAGUAAGUUGUGCCCGCUGAUAAUUUAUAUAGACAUGCUUCUCGUUUCCUCCUAUCCUGCUUGAUGUCAGCUACCAGGAGUCUAUAAAGAUUGGGAACUGAACUUGCCUGGACUGGGUAGAAUUACCAAACGGUUAGUAUUAUGACAUGUUGUCGACCAUGGUGGGUGGUGAUGUGAUGUGUCACAAUCAUGAUCGUAUGGUCCUAACACACCCAAUCCAGGUAAAAUGUUUGCCAAUGUUGGGAAGCAUAUAUUCUUUCUCAAAUUCUUCAACCAAGGAUUAGGGUCCUGUAUGAGCCCAGUAUCUUAUGAUAGGGCACACAAAUGACAAAUGUGGGUGAUGCAAUAAUAGGUUUGAUUUCAAUGUGAUGUAGGUUAGAAUUUGUUUGAGCAUUCAAGAAAAGGAUUAGAGUAACAUGUACCUGUCAAUUUGUGAUUAGCUUCUAACCGGCCCGAUAAUCUUGAAUUUUAGUUUUCCUGUGUUGUAUAGUCCUCAUCUUUCUUUCUUAUUUCAUGUGUAUCGGAGUAAGAUCUAAAGAGACCUUGUUUGUGGCAGUGUCUACACAAGUUCCUACUUGAAGAAUGGAUGUCUACUUUGUGUAUUAUGUUGGAUCAGUAAUCAUAUAUAGGUUUUGAUUCUU